UCACGCGAUUCCCCCCCAACGCACCCCUUCAGUAUCCAACAAAGCACACCGCUCAAGUACCACCGCCAACAGAGUAAUUCAGCAUGGGUACGUCGGCUUCAAAGGCCGCACAAAGCACAACUCGGAAGUUUCCGAGCAGGGCCAGCAACUUUGCCGCGCCCUCGUCGACCCCGAGCCCCCGACCACCACCCGCGCCGAGGCAAAAUCCCACAUCCAAGAGAGGGCCGUCAGUAAAGGAUGAAUCAAUCCGCCUCGACGCAAUGGACCCUUCCCCACCGACCAACAACCCAGCCUUUGCCGACCGCUUGCGCCAGAUCGGCGCCGUGCAGCCGAACCCGACGCUGUCGCACUCGUCCACCUUUGCACAGCAGGGCGGCGCCUCGCCGGCAGCAUACAACAAUUACGGCCGCACUGCACACCACCCCUCCAUCGCGCAAAACACGACGCUGUCGGCGCUGGCGGCGCGCCAUAGGAUCCAGGAGCAGGCGGACCGCGAGUUUGCCGACAUGGGCAAGGCCAGCUUCGGGGGCCGCGAGCUGCUCGACGCCGCCAUGCUCCGCGACGUGCUGGUCAUGAGGUCGCGCGGCGUCGCGCCCGAGCGCAUCGAGGAGAGGCUCAGGUUGAAGCCCGGUAUGGUCCGACGACUGGGUCCGCCGGGUGUCGUCGCGGCCCUGGGGACCAACUGAGCCGGUGGAAAAGACAGAGAGAAAGAGACAGUGCGUGGCUUUCUGCUGUGCCGUCAUGUUUUUUAUUUCUUACUUUUUCCGAGGUUCAAAUCUUUUGUAACACCACUGUAUGAUAUCCAUUACGCCAUGCAAAAUAUACUGAGCAAAUUGAGGGUUUUCUGUGCUUACUGCCGAAUAUAUAAAGACAUGUCAACUCUAGAGCAAACCCGAAUGCAGCGUCGCAGGACCAUGACAAAGGCAAAAAGAAAUAUAAAAAGCCCCAAAGAUAAGAACGACCAACGCCAAACCGGCUGACUAUCCAAAGAAAAAUGAGAUCUCGCUUUCUUAAAAACACCCACAUGUCCUUUCUGCUGUCUCUCACCACGCGGCGUGGCCACCGUCUAUCCUGAGGUCGCUACCGGUCAUGAAGCUGCUGGCGUCGCUAAGCAGGAAGACGGCAGCGCCGCGGUACUCCUCGGGAGUGCUGAGACGGCCCAGCAUGUUCUCCUUGGUCCAGUUGGUGCGGAACUCAGGGUGUUCCUUGAAUAGGUCCUCCGUCAUGGCCGUCACGAUGUAGCCGGGCGAGAUGGUGUUGACCCUGAUGCCGAGCUGGCCCCACUCGGAUGCCAGGUUGCGGCCGAGCUGGAUGACUGCGGCUUUGGAGGCGUUAUAUACACUGAAUUAAAUUUUCUUGUCAGUUUCUUUUUUUUUUCUUUUUUUUUUUUUUUGGG